AUGUCGGCCGAGGCAGCUUCCGCGCCAGAGGAGGCAGAUGCAGCCCACGCCAACACCACUGCAACCGCAACCGCUGACGCCGCCAGUGCCGACGCCAAAAACUCCGUCUCCAGCCACCAACUGCAGCACCCACAGCACCCACAGCACCCACAAGACCAGGCACAGGCCCCUCCAACAGCGGACCUUGACCUGGGCUUCUCUGACGUCUCUAGCCCCGAACUUUUCCAACUACAGGCCCCAUUCGAUGUCGUAAACAACAACAACAAUACCAUCGCCGACACCGAAAACAAUCACACAAAGUCGCCCGCAAGCUCGACCCGCAGCAAAUCCGCAUCCUCGCAUCUUGCUACAUCAUCACCAUCCGGCUCACCCAACGCGAACAAAGCAAUCCAACCGCGCAAGCCGUCGCCAGGACUCGCUGCACGCCUCAAAGCACUUGGCUUGGCCUCUUACAAGAAAUCAGCAGACUCGUCUCCUAACCAACCAGACAUUGUCGGUCGCCUUCCCGAAGAUCAACUCCGCCAACUCGACGAGAACCACAAGUCGAAUUCACUCGACUCCAUUAUCCAUCGCCGCGGCCGCCCUUGGAAGGGUCUCGUACAUCACAAGGCCUCGGAGACGCAAAAGACACAAUCCGUAACCUCAACCGAAGAGCCCGAUACUGAGCCAUCGCCGUCCAUCGCAGACGUUGCCCCGGGCGCGUCUCUCGUCCUACCCGAGAUCACAACAACAGAACCGCUGGACAUGGAGACACACAAGUACCGCCUGCCCGACCACACCAAUGGAAAUGGCACCAAGGUCCAGCUCGAGACACGACGAGAACAUCUCGAACGUCAAAACUCCUCGGAUGUCCCUCCUCCUCCACCCCCGAAGGACACGCCGCCUAUCCCCCAAGCCGAGUUCACGCCCGAUCUCUCCUCGUAUUUCAACCCUAGCCACCAGCGCCCCGGCUCAAUCUACACACUUUCCCGCGCCUCCUUUGCCAAUCAGCUAGCACAGCUCACUUCCCUCCAACUGCCCGACGCCGAGUCAUUGUCUAGUAAAGUUUCCGCGAUUCCAACCGCGCAGGUCGCCUCCAAGGCCCUCAUCAAUGCAGCUGAACAGAUUAGGAGUUGGAUUUACAAGGCGUCCGAGGUCAUUGGUGGCUUGGAUAGUGACGAUGACGUCGAGUGGGCCUCCGCGGGCGGGCGUGAAGGCCUGGAGGAAGUCGAGAACGCUAUCCAUCGCUUUGAAGAUUUGAUCAAAGUCUACGUAAGCGCCAUCGAGGAGCUGCAGUGUCGUCAGGAUAUUGCCAAUGUUCCGCCAGCAGACCUCCACCGGGCAGUCUCUCAAAUGGAGGCUAUCAUUGAAGAAUGGGCCAACAUUAAAGCGACGCUGAACACCGUCAAGGGUCAAGUUGAAAUCGCCAUGGAAUGGGAAGAACUCUGGAACUCAGUUUUGGGGGAUAUCCAGACCGAAAUGGACGAAUUGAGUCGCUUGGUCUUCGAGAUGGAGGAACGCCGGCACAAAUCGCUCAUCGCGGCUACCUCUGGCGACGGCGUUGACAUAGGGGAUCUUGAAAAUAUCGUUGACGACACGCCGGCGCCGGCACCGCCACCCAAGGUGCAAGCCCAGAACCGAUUCUCCCUACCAGGCCUGGCUCUCAGCCCUGGGUCGACGUCGCCAGGGACACCUACGCUGUCGCAGGAUGAUUCAAGCCUGUUGGCUCUGUUCGCCCGGAUGCAACCCUUGCGCGCAUCACUCGAUUUCCUCCCCAUGAGACUCGCGGUCUUCGCUGCAAGAGCUGAAAAGUCGUUUCCUACAGCCUGUGAGGAGCUAGAGAUGCGACGUGAAGGUCUCGACGGCAGCUACAAGAAGUUGGAGAAGGAUGCCGAGUCUUUACGCAAGGAGCUGGGAGAAGAUCGCUGGGUACUCGUUUUCCGUGGCGCCGGACGGCAGGCGCAGAAGAUGAUUGAGUCCGUCGAAAGAUCGAUGAUCAAGUUGAGAGAGGCCAUUGACACUGGCAUGCAUUUGAGCAACCCCCCUGCGAUGAGCAAGAAGAUUGAGGGUUACGACGCCAAGAAGACGCAUUAUGGUCCUGCUAUUGAGCGUGUCUUGGCCAUCAUUGACAAGGGUGUUAAGGAUCGACUGACGGUGAACGGCGAGAUUCUCAGACUGCACGCGGAAAUGCAAUCCAAGUGGGAGUCAAUCAAGGACGAGAUGAGAGAGAUGGAUGUGGUGGUUGAUGAGGUGCAAGCGGACAACCGCGGCCAGCAGUUGAGAGACUCCAUCUCGAGCAUGUUGUCGAAUGAUCGCUCAACUAUAGGCAGUGGACGCGAGACUCCGGGCAGUUCGCCCCCUUCAUCAGUCAUCAUGUCUAGCCUUGGCUUCGAGCCAAUGACACCCACACCCAAGAUCAGGAACCGUUCGGCGAGCAGCAGCAACCUGCCGCAGCCUUCGGGGCGAAGACAAUCCUCGUUGCCGACCCCAUCUUCUCGGAAGACUCUGACCUCUCGUCUGUCCAACAUGACUUCACGACUGGGUACGCCAUCGACCAGCAAUGCUGGCAGUAUUCCCCGCGCUCAGUCGACUUUGCCAAAUCGCCCUCGGUGGAAUGGGUCCACGAACACAGCAGAUGUCGGCAUUGGCCACAACUUCAAACCCCUUAGUCUCACGUCACCCAGCCCCUACGCUAAGAAGACAUCACCUGUCCCUCGCCCGCCCUCGUCCCUGACCCCACGGUCUUCGUCACCCGGUGGUAGUAGGUUGCCAUCUAUUCGUGGUCCGCUCGGGCGAGAAUCAUCAGCUUCGCCCAUGCCCGAAGACACGCCGACGAAGAGGGCCACUUCCAAGCUCUCGUUCCGCGAACGUCUUGCCUCUCCUGGCCCUUACUCACAGCGCACGCUGUCGAAACCGCGCUUGUCCUCGUCUUUGUCUACCUCUGGCCUGGAAUCUCAAUCUACUCGACGUGCAUCUUUGCAGCCUCCCAGGACGUAUUUGACCGCUGACGAUAGGACACCAAGUCGUCCAGCCAGCUCUCUAGCUACCACUCGGCGAACCAGCUUGCUGCCACAGCCUAGAGGGCCAAGCUCAAAUGGCAGAGAAACCUCGUUGGGCAUCACGCCUCGUGGGGCUACCCGCAAGACUCUACCCGAGCUGUCCGGCAGCACUUCCGCUGCGAGCAGCAAACCCAGAUGGAGGGGCUAG